AUGCGUGUUUCAAGUGGAAAACGAUGGAGAUGUGGAAUUAGGACAAUAUUAGUGGACUUGAAAAGAAAAAGUGAUUUGAAAAUUCCUGAAAAUGAAGGAAAGGUUGUCAAGACAAUCAGACGCGCCGUCGGGUCGGACCUCAACAUUGGCUAUCGGUUAUUCGGUUGGCCCGACAGUCGGUUUCGCACUAAUCGAAUAUGUGAGUCUGGGACUGAGGAGUUCACCCACUUCGGAAAUCGGCACUCGAACUGGCAGAUGAAUUGGUCGAUCGCGGGGAAUUGUCAGAGGGGUCCUGAGGUUUAG